CCGCAGUGGCUGCCAGUCAGAGGAGCUGGGAGUCAGGCACUGCUAGGAGAGCAGAUUAUGAAGCGGAGCUCAACCAGCGGCAGUCUCUUUUCAUUGUCUCAAUGGCUGCACACGCAUUCCUCCUCAGCUCCCUCGCCUUGCUGUCCGCUCUCAGCCGGCCUGGGCUCUCCUUCUCUGAGGAAGAGUAUCAGCCUGGACUCAUCUAUGAAGAAGUGCCUAAAAUUCUUGACAGAAGCAAAGAGAACCCCAAACAAGCAACAAGAGUCACAUCAAGUCAAGAUGGUGGGUAUGGCUUAGAAAGUGAAGAGGUUAUUUUGACGCCUGAAGAUGAAAACCCACUCAGGAGAAUACUGCAGCCUUUUAACUGGCAUCAGCCAGGGAUGUCUCACAGUAAGAGGAAGCUGCUCCAGUCUCUGAUGGGGCCUUAUGGCCCACUGAGCGUGUCUUACAAUGGGAAGACCUGCAUUCUGUUCAAGGCAAAGCGCUUGGCAAUCCGCUAUAGGAACCAUACCUUUAUUGACCUGACUGAGAAGGUCUUCAACACCAACACACCUGUGGACACCAAAGGCUCCAUCUGCACCAAGGAGAAAGCUACGCUUUCAUUACGGUUUGGUGAUCUAGAGGACUUGCGAGGUCUAGUAAUCAGGCUUCAGAUGUCAAACACUUUUUAUGAAGCAGCUGGUCAAAACUGGUUCACACUAGACAGUGUUCACAUCCACUACAACUGGACCCAGGAGGCCACGUUUAACGCCAGCGAGGUCUACGCUCCGGCCACUUCAUCCUACCAUUGCCAGCACGUCAGCAGCCUGCACAAAUACGACACCCUGCUCGUGCCCAGCUCCCACACUGACACAUCUGCUAACUGGCACAUCACUUUCACUGAUUUCCAGAUCCAGGCCUUCAAUGUGCAGUCAGACAAAUUUGCAUCGGCCAGUGACUGUGCCACUUUCCUGACACCCGCCAUCCUGAUGGGCUUGGUGACAUCUCUGAUCCUGCUCCUCGUCUUAGCCUAUGCCCUACACAUGGUGGUACACCUCAAGCACAUCGACCGCUAUGAGGAGCACAAAGCCACCGUCUACUUUCCCCGUAGUCCAGAAGCCGAGUUGCCAGACAAGAAUAGCCUGUAAAGGAAAAAGGAGAGCUGGAGAACGACAGGAGAGAGGGAGAAGGAAAGCUGAGAAGCGACGCAGAGGGGAGUGCAAGUGAAUACAAGAGUGAAAAAGUAUCCUCCACAGAAUAUUUGUUCAACAAAAUGACAACUUUGCCUGUUCAUAUGAAAACCUUGUACAUCUCAACUACUUUAAGUAAAUGCAGACCGUGGUUGGAUACUUUUUCUUCUUUUCUUUUUGACCUGCAUCUUGGCAUCCCGAUUUUGAAUAAGGCCUUUGGAUGUUCCAGCCUCUCCCUGAGAGAUGGUUCAUGAUCCUGAUGUCAAAGGUCAAGGACAGUCCUGGGGCCCUGAGGGGCAAUAGCAUAUACAGGCCUUUACCCCAGUCAGCCAUUAAAACCAUAAAGGCUAGCAACUGUAGCUAAUACAGCUAACAUCAGAUGCUCAUUGUACGUAUGUAUUACAUGGCUCACAAGUGUCAUAUUACAAGCUUCCAUCACACACAUUGUAUUUCCAGCUUUCAUUACAGUGUACUUUGUCUGAUACCACUGCAAGAAUUAUAUACUUCAAACAGUCAGUUUUAUAGCUGAAAUAGCCGUAUUAGCUGCAUGCCAUAAAAGGCUGGUCUAUCUGGGCUAGCACAAUGUUUCCUAAUAAUAAGGAUUACAGAGAGUCUUGCAUGGAUUGCAGCUUAAAAUAAUCAAAUAUGGCACAAAGUAGAAGGAGCUUGAAAAUCUUUUGAGUGAAAGCGAAGAGAAAUAUCGGGAACCACUGGUCUAGCAUCUGGCUGGAGGGAAUGGACCAGUAACACUGGCCCUUCGGAGCCUCUGGAGUCUCUCACCCCACCCCUGAACAAAGACUGCUGCUUGGGACUUAACUGUGAAAUUGCCUUUUGCAGAACACAGGCCAGAUAAAGGGGAGUCCUACAAACUAGCACAACAUUGGUUAGCUGUGAAAACGCUAACAAAAAACUAUCAAAGAAUAUACAAGGAACUAUGCUGCACAAGACUGCCCAUCUGGGGCCAUGGCAGGAAAGCGGGUCUUGCGAUGACUUGACUCUCUGGGAGUCAAACGUUUGGACAAGAGAGGCCAUGGUCCAUCCACACCACUGGGUUUGAAUGCCAAAGUGAAGCUGCAAAGGAGUUGCCAUGAAAUAUGGUGAGAGACGGAGGGAGACAAUGUGAAAAUGAAAGCUAACCGUUACAGCUAUGUACAAAACAAAACACACAUACAUGUACAGAAGGGUCACUCUGCGGAUGUCUUUUUUUAUAUACAAUGUAAUCAUGAAAUACUAUUAGGUACAGGAUGACUAUGCUAAUCGUCAUAACCAAAAGGAUAUACAAAGCUGUAGAUACAUUAAGAUCUCUAUACGAUCAUAGCUGUUUACUAUCUUCAAAAGUUGCACAACUAAUAAAAAUAGGUCCAAGUAAGACAUUGUGCUAUGAAGAUUGGUGAACGUUUCAAUGCAUAUGAUUUUUUCUACAAAGUAUAAACAUAUCCCACUGUCUGUCGAUUUGUUUUAAGCUGGGCCAGACAAUGCAAUGUCCAGUUUCAUCUAACUGUAAAUUACAGUACAAAUUUCUACCAUAGAAGGACGAUACUAUGGAAUGCCGUCCACCAACCAGGACUUAUAGAUGCCAUUAUUAUGCCAGAAGUCACACUAGCAGCAAUAACAGCAUCAGUAAGUCAUUACUACAGAUAAAAAACACUCAGCAUGACAGUAAAUAGAUAUCUUAACAUUCGAUAUGGCAAUUCUGUCAAUCUGUAGCAGUGUGAAAUGUGUUCUUUGGUCAUAAAUGUAUCCUACAAACUAUGGAAUGAGCGGAGGCAGUUUGUCCCACGACCAACUGAUGUAGAUUGAACAAUAAAUGGUAUUC